GAUGCCGCUGCCGCCGGCUCGGGGCGACCGCGCGGAGCCCGCGCCGUCCAGGGCCCCCAAGAAGCCCACCGCCUUCCGCAUCUGGCGCUCCAGGAGGAAGCAGCGGCCUCCGCCGCCGGCCUGCGGGGUGUUCGUCCCGCACCCGCCGCCGGAGCCCCCCUGCGCGCCCAGAGCUUUGGAGGUAGUGGUUGGAGGUCAUGUGGCUCCAGAUUGCCAGACAUUUGUACUGCAUCGUGAGGAAUCCCAGCUCCUUGACACUACCAGUGCGAUACCUGGCCCUUUUCCUAUGGAACCUGGAAUGUUUAAAAAGUCCAGGGCGCAACCACCAGAGGAAAACAGACGCAAGCCGGUGUUGGGGAAGCUCGGCACCCUGUUCGCGGCCGGCCGGAGGAGGUCCGGCAGAAGCGGGGUGGAGAGCCCCUCCGGCUCCCACGCCAAAGCCGCGUCUCCCAAGGAUGGGACCUCUUCCAAACCCCCGGAAAGAGAGAGUGACAAGAGCCAACCUCAGGGCAGCCAGCCGAAGCAAAGGGACCCGGGCGAGGAGGCUCCCCCGCAGGAGAGGCCCCCGGCGCGGGAGCCCGGGGGGCCCUCGGACAGCCGCGUGCGCGCUGCGCCCCCCGACGCCGGGCGGGCCCCGUGCGCCAGCGGACGCGGGGCGGCGGGGCCGCGGGGCCCGGGGCGUGAUGCGCCCCAAUUAGAGCCUCGGGAGGCAGAGGGAGGGUCCGUCCCAGGGGCCGCCAAGCAGCUGCCCUCCCCGCUCGAGAGUCCCUCCGGGCAGGGGCGCGCGGAGGCGCGGGCGGGCGGUCCCGGGGAGGGCGCCCCCCGCGGCGCUGGCGGCGAGCAGGAGGCCGCCCCGGGCGCCGGGGCUGCGGCGGGGGCGCCCCCCGGGUGUGCGGAGGCGGGCGGGGGCCCCGGGGCGGCGGCGGGGGCGGCGGCGGACGGCGGAGCGGGGCCCCGGCGCGGCCCCGGAGAGCGCGCGCGGCCCGCGGCGCUGACCCUGGACUGCGGCGACCCCGACGACAUGGAGAGGAGGUCGUGCGGCCGCCGGGCCGGCAGGCGGCGGAGGUCGCAGAGGUCCGCCGAGUCCCCGGGGCCCGACGCGGCGCCGCCCGACAGCGCGGGCGGGGACGGCCCGGGGAGCGGCUGCGAGCGGGCGCCCGACGCGGCGGGGAGCGGGGACUCCCCGGCGGGCCCCGACCCGGGCGUUGCCGCGGCGGCGGGCGCGGAGGCCAAGGCCGGCCCCGGGGCCAGGGGGCAGCCCCGCGGGGAGGCGGAGCGCGGCCCGGCGCCCCCCCCGCCGCCGCCCGCCGCGUCCCCCGCCAAGAGGAGGGGCCGGAGCCGAGGCCCCGAGGCCGCGCCCGCCGGGGAGCCCCCCGAGGACCGCGCGGACGGGGCGGCCCGGGGCGGGCCCCGCGAGCUCACGGUCAAGAGCGCGACGCUGCUGCCCGAGAUCAGGCCCGAGCACAAGAGGGGCCUGGCCCCGGGCCACCCCGACGGCCGAGGCAGAGAGCCGGGCCGGCCGGCCGCUGCUCCCGACGCCGACGGAGGGAGGCCCAGGAACCAUCUCGGCGCCGGCAGGUCCACGGUGACCACGAAGGUGACCCUCCCGGCCAAGCCCAAACAUGUGGAACUAAAUCUUAAAACUCCUAAGAAUCCUGACAGUUCGGGAAACGAGCAUAAUCCAUUUAGCCAGCCGGUUCAUAAAGGAAACACUGCCAACAAAAUCUCCUUAUUUGAAAACAAAAGGGCCAACAGCAGUAGCCCAAGACACGCUGAUGUUCGAAGUACAAGGAACCCUCCUGCCUCCUGUAAUAAAACGUUUGUUGGGAGGGCGAAGCUGAAUUUAGCCAAGAAAGCCAAAGAGAUGGAGCAAUCUGAAAAGAAAGUACUGCCAAACAGUCACCAGAAUGGUAUGCUGGCAAAGGAAACCUCGACAGAAUCCAAAGUUACUGAGGAGGAGAUCCCCCCAGCAGCCGGCAGCCCCAGUGCGGGGGGAUCGGGGGGCCAGCCUCCCCAGGGCCAAGCUCCUGGCCCUCCACUUCACCCAAGUGCUAGAGCAGAAGUGCACACAGACGCCGGCUGCCCUCCCGAAGCAGUGGCCGCAGCUCUGAAUCCUGUCGAGGACCACGAGGCCUCGGGAGAGGAUGACUCAAAGGCCGCGGGGAGCAAAAGACUUGCGCUUGAAAACAUGACUGAUCCAGCACAGGACAUUCCCGCCACUCUUGAUACCAAAGAGCCCCCCCCAGCGGCCGCACCAAAGCCACAGGAUACGUUAUCUGACUCACAGCCCCCAGCUGAGUCAUCUAACGGGCCUUCUCCCUCCCAGCCUGCACCCAAAGGCGCGUGUGUUCGAGCUCCCAUAAGCAGUCUCCCACGAACUGAUCUAAAAGCGUCAGAAAACCAUAACGGCUGUGUUCUGCCCCCGCCGCAUAAGAACGAUGGGGCGGUGCAGCCCUCCAAGCUUGAAGGAGGAGGAGGGGCAGCAGCGAGGCCUCCUCCAUCGGCAGAGCACGGCCCGGAGGCCGUGGGGCCCGAGUGCCCAUCCACGGUCCUUGUCCACGUCCGGUCUUUCAUGCUCCCCGUGGAGAGCACCCACGAUGCAGGCGCCCAGGUCAUCUCCGAGGGCCCCGAAGUCAGAGGAGCCCAGCUGCCAAGUUGUCAGAACGAUCCACUCGAAGUGGUUUCUGUCGCAAGCUGUGCUCCCCCGAAAGAGGAAGGCCCGGGCCGCGAGGGCACGGCGCCCAAACCCGGCCAUCGCAGCGAGGAACCCGCAGCCGAACCUGGCCCCCAAGUCACGCUUCCAGAAUCCGGGGAGCACCUGCGACCCGCGACCCUGCAGGGCGACCCCAGCGCGGGCAGCCCCCCGGGCGGCGCUCUAGGGCCCCACGCGACUGCGGCGAGCAGCCCGGACAGCCCUGCCAGCCUCGGGAGCGGCCCCGCGGGGGGCGACGACAACCUGCUGGAUUCUUCUUCCGACAUGGAGAAGUUCACUGAAAUCAUCAAAAACAUGGACAGCACAGCCUGUGUGCCCCAGAAGAAGAAGAAGGCCAGGGUGCCCAGCUGCCCCGCCCCUCCCUUUGUCAUGCCGCCCAUCCACGAGGACCACCUGGAAAAGGUGUUAGAUCCCAACGUGUUCACCUGUGGCUUGGGGAAGAAAAAGGACAGCCCCCCAGAAAUGUCACCGGCCCUGCACUUGAUGCAGAAUCUUUACACAAAAUCCAACCUGAGGAGCAAACGCACGUCUACGGAGCAGAGCGUCCCCUUCGGGUUGUCGGUCCUGGACCCGGACGGGAAGGCUGAGCCUCCCACGGGCCCCGAGACCGAGGACAAAGAGAACAGAGAUGUCCCAAGCGGCGGCGUGAAGAGAUCGAGGCUGGAGAAAAGCGCGCUCUUCUCCAGCAUGUUGCCUUCAGCACAAGACAGAGUCUUUUCUCCGUCGGUGACGUCGGUGAGCACCAUGAGCACGUGCUUCGGCGCUGCCCGGAGCAGCGGUUCUCUUGCUCGGCCUCCGAGGCCCGGGGCAGAGGGCGCCCCGCCCUGCCGGGCAGACCAGGAGCGGCCCAGCCUCCCACCCGGCAGCCUCAAGGUCUUUGGCUUCGACGCGACAAAUGCAUCCCUCCCGGGUCUGAAAAGUCCAGGCUACAUGGAGAAAUACCUGCCCAGGGAGGAGACCAAAGAAGAUCCGGGGUCGCGGAGCAACGGACACCUGCCCGAAGCCAAACUGUCCGAGUUUCCUAAACCGAAGACCGGCAGCGAUCGCGCCGAGAGCGUCCUGAAGUCGAGCCUGCCCAACCCCGGACACAGUGACGCGGACUUCAUGGGUCUCUUCAAAUCCAGCCGGUUCGACCCAAACGUGUCUUUUUCUGCAAUGUCAUUAUCAGAUGCAACCACGCUUAGAGGAAGUCUUACAAAUAAAAUCAAUCCCCGACCCGGAAAGGUAGUGAUCUACAGGGACCCGGAUGUCUCUGAGGAGUGCAUUGAAAUUUUCAGUGACAUUGAGGAUUGCAGCUCUUGGAGCCUCUCUCCGGUGGUAAUCAUCAAAGUCGUCAGAGGAUGUUGGAUUUUAUAUGAGAAACCAAAUUUUGAAGGGCACUCCAUCCCCUUAGAAGAAGGAGAAUUGGAACUCUCUGGUCUCUGGGGUAUAGAAGAUAUUUUGGAAGGAAACGAGGAAGCAGAGUCCACUAAGCCUGUGGUGAUUGGUUCAAUCAGACAUGUGGUCCAGGAUUACAGAGUUAGUCAGAUUGACUUAUUUACAGAACCAGAAGGGUUAGGACUCCUAAAUUCUUACUUUGAUGACACUGAAGAGAUGCAAGGGUUUGGUAUAAUGCAGAAGACUUGUUCCAUUAAAGUACAUUGGGGCACGUGGCUCAUUUAUGAAGAACCUGGAUUUCAGGGUGUGCCUUUUGUCCUGGAACCUGGUGAAUACCCCGACUUAUCCUUCUGGGAUACAGAAGAGGCGUAUAUUGGGUCCAUGCGGCCUCUGAAAAUGGGUGGACGUAAAGUCGAAUUCCCUACAGAUCCAAAGGUAGUUAUUUAUGAAAAGCCUUUCUUUGAAGGAAAAUGUAUGGAACUAGAAACAGAAAUGUGUAGUUUUAUCACGGAAGCAGGUGAAACAGAGGAAACGACAGAUGACAGUUCAUCAUUUACGUCUGUGGGCUCAAUGAAAGUUCUGAGAGGAAUUUGGGUUGCUUAUGAGAAGCCUGGAUUUACAGGUCAUCAGUAUUUGCUUGAAGAAGGGGAGUACAAGGACUGGAAAGAUUGGGGAGGUUACAAUGGAGAACUUCAGUCUUUACGACCUAUAUUAGGUGAUUUUUCAAAUGCUCACAUGAUAAUGUACAGUGAAAAAAACUUUGGAUCCAAAGGUUCCAGUAUUGAUGUGUUAGGAAUUGUUGCUAACUUAAAGGAGACCGGAUAUGGAUUGAAGACACAGUCUAUUAAUGUACUGAGUGGAGUGUGGGUAGCCUAUGAGAAUCCUGACUUCACGGGAGAACAAUAUAUACUGGAUAAAGGCUUCUAUACCAGUUUUGAGGACUGGGGAGGCAAAAAUUGUAAGAUCUCUUCUGUUCAACCCAUAUGUUUGGAUUCUUUCACUGGCCCAAGGAGACGAAAUCAGAUUCAGUUGUUUUCAGAACCAGAGUUUCAAGGUCGCAGUCAAGGUUUUGAAGAAACAACAAGUCAAAUUGAUGAUUCGUUCUCUACCAAGUCUUGCAGAGUUUUAGGAGGGAGCUGGGUUGCAUAUGAUGGAGAAAAUUUCUCUGGUAAUCAGUACGUGUUGGAAGAAGGCCACUAUCCUUGUCUCUCUGCAAUGGGAUGCCUGCCUGGAGCAACUUUCAAGUCUCUUCGUUUUAUAGAUGCUGAAUUUUCUGAACCAACAAUUAUUCUUUUUGAAAGAGAAGACUUCAAAGGAAAGAAGAUUGAACUUAAUGCAGAAGUAGUUAAUCUCCGAUCCCUAGGAUUCAACACACAGAUACGCUCUGUUCAGGUGAUUGGUGGCAUAUGGGUUACUUAUGAAUAUGGCAAUUACAGGGGUCGACAGUUCCUACUGUCACCAGCGGAAGUCCCGAAUUGGUACGAGUUCAGUGGUUGCCGCCAGAUAGGUUCUCUACGACCUUUUGUUCAGAAACGAAUAUAUUUCAGACUUCGAAACAAAGCAACAGGCUUAUUCAUGUCCACCAACGGAAACUUAGAGGAUCUGAAGCUCCUUAGAAUACAGGUCAUGGAGGAUGUCGGUGCUGAUGAUCAGAUUUGGAUUUAUCAAGAAGGAUGCAUCAAAUGCAGGAUAGCGGAAGACUGCUGCCUCACGAUCGUGGGGAGCCUCGUGACCUCUGGCUCUAAACUGGGCCUAGCCCUCGACCAGAAUGCCGACAGUCAGUUCUGGAGCAUGAAGUCGGAUGGCAGGAUCUACAGCAAGCUGAAACCAAAUUUAGUUUUAGAUGUCAAAGGAGGUACGCACUAUGACCAAAAUCACAUUAUCCUCAACACUGUGAGCAACGAGAAGCUAACACAAGUGUGGGAAGCCAUGGUCCUGUAGACCUGACUGAAGAACACAGGAGUACUUGUGUACUUAUGGAGGUCUUCCAGCUGCUUCACACACACACACAACUGACAGAGAGCAAGACGAAAGCGGGCCCGCUGCUCCUUCAGAAACUCUAAAUCCUCCCCUGAGUGACACUGCCAUGACCAGGACUACCGUCUCAUCUUUUUUCAAAAGACUGUAAUAGCUUUAAACCAACAGUUUGUCCUUCUUUCAUUUCCUGCCUUUCGUUUCCUUCAGUAGCUGCUUAACAGGUUGCCUCAUUAGCAGCUUUUGGGUGUUUUUAAAAAAAAACGUUAUAUCAGGACUAUGUACAUUUUAAAUUAUUUCCAAAGAUAGCGACAGCAGAGACUAGGAAUAGACUUUGGACAGGAUUUGUGGGCCCACCAAUCUUACACUUUAGAGGGAAGAAUAAAAGCUCAAGUCUGCAAGGCAGAAGACUGGUUAGCACUGAGAAGAAAUAACAAUAAUUUUGGUCCUUCUGUUUUCUGGAAUUAUUAGUUAUGCUAUAGAGCAAAGUGGGGAAAGGCUUCUAGAAUCAAUAAUUUUAAGAAACUAAAUAAACACAAUACUAUUUUCUUUGUUAGUACUAAACAUUAAUUUAGAAGAUUUCACAUCAUGUCCGCUAACAUUAUUAGCAGGAUUUGGAUUAUUUUAACCCACCGUGUGCUGCCCUGAAAUGUCACAGUUCUUAGGGACACUGCGGGAACAGCAUUACCGUGACCUGGUUUAUCAGUCCAUCCUCACUCCUCUACAGUUCGUUCUGAAGCCACGUCCUAGGACCCUCUGCUGGGCUCAGGCCUGCAGCCUCCUGAGGCCCGUGCGGGGCCACCUCUGCUCUGGUCGCAGGCCCCGUGGGCUCCGACAGCAGAAGGGAGCCAUGUGGGAGGCUUAGGAGGAUGACCGGCACUUCUCCAGAACCGAAGGAAAGGAGGCCUGAGGCAGUGCUCAUUCAAAUCCUAGAACUCGGGGAAGCCUAAAAAUGCAGCAUUUCAGUGAAAAGUGACAGAGUUUAAAUGCCGACAGUACACGGGCCCACGUGGUGCUAUUCAAACAGCGCAUUCUGGUUUUGAACAAAACUGCUAGACCUACUUUGGAUAGAUUCCUCCUCUUUUUUGUCCUUAUUUCAUUAUUCUUGUUAACACUGGUGCUCUCAUCACAAGAACAAGCCUGGUUUCCUUCUUAGCUGUUCCCAGUGUGUUUCCACGGCUAAACUGUUGCUCCUCUCUGGAGGCUCGGGUAGGCAGUUGUGGUCAGGAGCUUAGCUCCGGUUUUAAAGUAAUGUUUGCACAUGUGCACCAGCUGCCAACAGGUCGGUCUUGCUCUCAGAUGUAUAGCUCUGAGUUUAGGCCUUUGUGCCGAUCGCUACAGGGUUCUGGGGUCAGACAUUCUACAGUCGCCUGUGUUGAAUUUCUCUCUUGAAUAAACUUGCUUCUGGCUAACUGUA